UGAGAUUAGGGCACAAAAUGUUUAGGGCUCAAACCGUUUCUCUUUCUCCCCAAAGAAGGAUAACAUUUUUUAUUUUGAAUUAGUUUUAAAACCGAAUUCAGCGGGAAAAAGGGCCAGCGUGCGUCUCCUGCUCGUGGGCCCCGAUCCACGUGGCAUAUGAUUAUUGGUCGGGUGCACCAGUCACCUUAGAGACCGGUGCACCGGAGAAUGUUGUUGUCAUGAAGGAGGUAUUUGUUACUGUUAGCCUUCAUUCAUUUCACGAGGAAGAAAACUAUUGUUGUCAUAGACGUUAUUCAUUGGGGUUCAUUCAUUUGGCGAGGUACGUUUGUUGAACGGGACAGUUUCAGUAACUUCAAAUACUUAGGGAGCAGGGAGGAUCCUCCUCCUCGCCUCACUCACUGCCCAGCAGUACUGCCUCUCCUGCGGAAGCGCAUUCUGUAAAUUUCUUCUCUGCGGGGUUGGCCAUCUACAGAGAAUCCCAAUUGUGUUCUUUCAAUUGGGUUCUUGUCUUCUCUGAUAUGGGAGAAGACAAGAACAAAAUGUCUGUAAAGAGCAGAGUGGGAGAGGCGCCUUCAAAGAUCAGUGUACCCAGGAACUGGGCUCUUCUGCUUUGCGUAGCUAGUUUCUGCUUUGGAAUCUUGUUCACCAACAGGAUAUCAAGGAUGCCUGAGCCUAAAGAUACAGCAGCGACAGUUGGGGUCAAGGAUGAAAGGAUAAACUUACUUUCUGAGGAUCAUGAUCAGGAGCUUAAGGCUGUAAAGCAGGAAUCUAGUGGCAUUCUUGGGGAUGUUUCAAACACCCAUCAUGAUAUCCAAACACUGGAUAAAACAAUUUCAAACCUGGAAGUGGAACUAGCUGCUGCAAAGGCAGCUCAUGAAUCUAUGUCAAAUGGUCCUCCUCUGACAGAAAACCUGCAGAAAUCUGAGUCAACAACUAAAAGAAAAUAUCUAAUGGUUGUAGGAAUUAAUACAGCUUUUACCAGCCGGAGACGAAGAGAUUCAGUUCGGGCAACUUGGAUGCCACAAGGGGAGAAAAGAAAGAAGCUGGAGGAAGAGAGGGGCAUUCUCAUUCGCUUUGUCAUUGGUCACAGCAGUUCAAAAGCUGAUGGUAUUCUUGAUAAAGCCAUAGAAUCAGAGCACAGCAAAUAUGGAGACUUCUUAAGGCUGGAACAUAUUGAAGGCUACCUGGAAUUGUCAGCCAAGACAAGGACAUACUUUGCCACAGCUGUUGCCUUGUGGGAUGCAGACUUCUAUGUGAAAGUUGAUGAUGAUAUUCAUGUAAAUAUAGCUACACUUGGAAUGACUUUAUUAAGACAUCGUUCAAAACCUCGCGUUUAUAUUGGUUGCAUGAAGUCUGGUCCUGUCCUUCAUAAAAAGGGAGUGAAAUACCAUGAACCUGAGUAUUGGAAAUUUGGGGAAGAAGGAAACAAGUAUUUCCGCCAUGCGACUGGGCAAUUAUAUGCUAUUUCAAAAGAUUUGGCUACUUACAUAUCAAUUAACCAGCAAUUGCUGCACAAGUAUGCUAAUGAAGAUGUUUCUUUGGGAGCUUGGUUUAUUGGAUUAGAUGUGGAACAUGUUGAUGAUAGAAGACUUUGUUGUGGCACCCCACCUGAUUGUGAAUGGAAGGCUCAGGCUGGCAACAUCUGUAUUGCUUCAUUUGAUUGGAGAUGCAGUGGAAUUUGCAAGUCCGUUGAGAGGAUGAAGUUCGUUCACCAGCGGUGUGCAGGUUAUUUUGCUUUGGAGAAUGGCUUAGGCUUCUUCUUCAUGGUUGAUAGGGUGGUGAGAUUGAAUAUGGUUCAUGGUGGUGUCUGGUGCAACUAUAGUGAAGACAUGGAGAUCGGUACGUCUCUUGGAGUGAGUCCUGUAGUUUUACUUCAUAAGAAUACGCUGUAA